AUGGCCGUCCUAUCCCGUAUCCUUCUCUCUACUGUCGUCGCGGCGGCGGUAGGCAGAGUCUCCGGCUCCCCCGUCAGCCAAUCUUCCUGCGACAGCAUCGAAGAUGGCUAUACCUGUUUCACCGACAUCUCUUACAACUGGGGCAUGUACUCGCCCUACUUCAGCCUGGCAUCAGAGUCCACCAUUUCUCCCGACAUCCCAUCUGGCUGCGACGUCACUUUUGUGCAGUCUCUGACCCGGCAUGGCGCUCGUUACCCAACCGCCAAGAAGAACACGGCUUACAAGAAACUCAUCGAAGCCAUUCAAACAAACGCCACCAAAUUGGAGGGUAAAUAUGCGUUCUUGAAGACGUACAACUACUCCUGGCCCGCGGCUACUUUGACACCCUUUGGUACAAAUGAAUUGUAUCAAGCUGGUAUCAAGUUCUAUGACCGCUACGAGAGUCUUGCGCGCGACACUGUCCCGUUUGUGCGUGUAUCAGGCUCGGAUCGUGUCAUUGCUUCCGGCGAGGCGUUCAAUUCGGGCUUUCAGGUUACCAAGAACGCUGACCGAUUCGCCGACAAGAGUCAGGCUGCACCUGUGAUCAAUGUCGUGCUCACAGAGAGCGAUACAUUCAAUAAUACUCUGGACCACGGUCUCUGCACAAACUUCGAGAACAGCGAUCUCGCGGAUGACAUCCAAGCUGGAUUCGCGGCUACCUUCGUCCCCAAGAUUUUGAAACGCGUGCAAGCGCAUCUGCACGGGGUCACACUCACAACCACCAAUAUUAUCUAUCUAAUGGACAUGUGUGCUUUCGACACCGUGGCCCGGACAAGCGACGCCAGCGAACUAUCCCCCUUUUGUGAUCUGUUCACCAAAUCCGAAUGGGAGGAAUACAACUACUACCAAUCUCUGGGGAAAUACUACGGCUACAGUGCCGGAAACCCUCUUGGUCCUGCACAAGGGAUCGGUUUCACGAAUGAGUUGAUUGCAAGGUUGACUGGUACACCGGUCAAGGAUGGAACAAGCACAAAUCAGACCCUUGAUUCUUCGCCGGUGACGUUCCCGCUCCAUGCGACUUUGUAUGCUGAUUUCUCGCAUGAUGAUGGCAUGGAACCUAUCUUUGCGGCUAUGGGGUUGUUCAAUGGGACGAGCCCUUUGUCCGAAACGAAAGUUGAAUCAACUAAGCAGACGAAUCGGUUCUCUGCGGCGUGGACUGUCCCCUUUGCGGCGAGGAUGUAUGUUGAGUUGAUGACGUGUAAGGGUGAGAAGAAGCCGCUUGUCAGGGCGUUGGUGAAUGAUCAGGUUAUUCCGUUGUAUGGGUGUGAGCAUGAUAAGUUGGGUCGUUGUACCUUGGAUGAUUUUGUGAAUGGGUUGAGUUUUGCGAGGUCGAAUGGUAACUGGGCUAGUUGCUUUACUUGA